AUGAUCAUCUCAUCCUCAAUGAUUCCGACUACUCUCGCGACGAAUUACAUAGUGGAAGAGUUUGCCGAUUACGAUUCGCCCGCUAGGCUGUCACGCGAAACAAGAGAUCAAUCGACAGCGUUCUGCGAAAAUACGACAGAGCCACGUACUAAGGAGGAACGGAGUGAUCAGCUGGCGGCAACUGGUGCCGGCAACCAGGAAGAAGGAAACGACGAACAAAUCAGAGAUGAUUCCACCACAAGGUGGGGUGCAAAGGACCUGUCAAAAAAGGUCCAGACGUCCAAUAGAAGGAACUAA